AUGAACACUUUCGGAAACGCACUACCUCCUACGCCUCCAGGCAUUGCACCGGAAGUGCUGUCGAAGAUCGAGGCGCUUUUCCAAAAUCCAAACUUUUCUGGUAUCUCAGUGGCCAUGGAUGAACAAAAACAUGAAGUACCCGCAACAGAUAUCCCGAACGCCCUCGCAGAUAUCGUAUGUAAAGACCAGUCCACACGAGAAGAGAGCAAUCCUCUCAUCAACGAGACGGAAGUUCUCAUGGGAUACGAUUCAGAUACGGAUCCAGAAGGGGGAGCAAGAUUGAGCAAUCAACGGCAUCGAGUCAAGGGCAGGGGAGCACGAAAGAAGCAUACGCGAAGCAUAGCAAAGUAUGAUUGCUCCAUUCAGAGAAUAGUCGCACGCUUCGAAUACCCUUCAGAGACAAGCCUGGCACCUAUCUCAUCGAUCCCCCGUUCACCAAAUGCGAUCAAGUCGACUUCCAAUUCUCUACUCAAUAUCUUUUCGGCUUUUACGCAUUCCAUAUAUUGCGUAUCUAAGUACCUGACACACCGCCUUCCUUUUCCCUUCUCUUUGGUUCGACUUUUGAUAAGCAGUUACCUGAACGUCGGUACCGAGUAUAAAAUGAAUAUCAGAGUUGAAGUUGAACCAAAGAAGGUGGUUCGGGUUCUCGCAUUCGUAGGAGGAGGAGAGAAUGUCGAUAUCGGAUGUGUCGAGCCAGUGGAGAUACAGGCGAGAUACAAGAGGGUACGAGAGAUUAUGAGAGAGUGUGGAUGUUGGGUUGAGGAGGAUCUAUAUAGCAAACAGAUUAAGAAGUCGUUGGGAAGGCUGAAGGAAUAG